AUACGUAUGUUUAUAUUGAAUGUAUACUACGCGAAGUGGUGUCAGCCCAAAUGAGUCACCCGUUCAAUCUGCUGUGUCUUCCUGGUUUGGACGUCUGGACGAGUAUCGGGACCAAAAAUUAAGGGUGCCUUCAGGAUAACUGUAAAGAAGAAUGUCUCGGGGUGAUUACUAUUACAAUGAGAGGGACCGGUAUGGUUCCCAGCCAGAUGACGACUACGAUGAUGAUGAUGACCCCAGAUACCAGCAACCUCCGUCCAACUAUUACAGGGGUGAGGAAGAUCAUCCGAGAGUCUAUGGGAGGCGAUAUGAUCCCAACCUGAAUCCUGCUGCAGACGACCGAGGACCCAGCUACGGCCCUGGACGGGGUGAUCCGUAUCGACAACCAAGACAAGAUGAACAGGACGACCAUGCUCACCCAGCGGGGUAUUCAAAUGCGGCCUACGACGAGGCGGAGGAAUGGGGACCACCUCGUGUCUACGGGAGGCGCAAUGAUCCAAGGAAGUACGAUGAUGAGUAUCCUAAUCGGAUAGAUCCGGAGGGUCCUAGGUACGGCCCCUACGGUGGCGAGAAUCAAACCUACGACAGCCGUCCAAAUACAAGCAAACUGUCAAAGCAUGAUGAUGUCGACGAUGGUGGAUUCGGUGGCCCUCAUCAAGCGCCAAACAAUACAUAUGAGAAAGACUUUAAUGGUGGCCGACACCCCUCUGGUGAUCGGACACUCCAAACUAGCUCAGUUGACAGCCACAUCCCUCGCAGUCCUGGUAUGGACGAUUUAGCCCGAGAGGCAGCACCACCAUUACCGCCCAGGACUGUCGCUCAAUCUUCUGCACCUGUCAAUACUCAGCUUCAACCGUCGUCAGGCAAAUGGACAUGUCCUCCAUGGCUGUACCGUCCUGCCUGGAUAUUAGGAAUCAGCCAGAUUGUGCUGGGAGUCGUUCUUUUGAUCUUUGGAAGUGUUGCGGCUUCCUUCUCGCACCCUCAGAUUGUCAAAGCAGGAAUAGGUGAAGGAAUCUGGGGUGGGUUGGUCAUCAGUGGUGCUGGCGCAAUGAUGGUAUGCAUCGCUUGGAAAAAGAAAGAGCUGUUUGCAUAUAUUGCCAUUGGACUUACUGCAGGUGGUGUUUUGGUUGAUAUCAUCAUAUUUGGUCUUUGUGGAACGUCCAUUAAAAACGUCUUAUCAAGCGAGUUUGCGCUAAACGCGAUAACAGGGGGCGGUUCACUUGGAAUUAACGUCGCCAGGCCGAACUAUGGUGCGUACUAUGCCAUGUACGGCUUACUGAUAGUGUGUGCCUAUAUUCACCUCGUAGUUGCGAUUGUCGCGAUGGUCUUCCUUUCCGUGUCAAUACUGAAGUCACAAGAGCAAGCCAACUUCAUCAAGGAAUAUCUCAACCCUGAAACCUCAACCUGGGCGUAUCCAAAGAUCCUGUUCAAGCCAGCAAAGAUAACUGCUAUAUGUCAGAUUGUCCUCGGGAUUCUGAUGUUCAUAUUUGGAUCAGUAACAAUGUCGUUUCAUGGACAGUACCCGCCGCCACCGGGAGUCACUGCAGCUGAAGGUAUUUGGGGAGGUACCAUCGCCAUAGGUGCAGGCGUCCUUACUCUCUUAGCCGCCAAACUAAAGACGAAGUUCUUUUUGAUCUUGGUGAUUACAAUGACGUCGCUCAGUGUUCUCGUGGACAUACUUAUCUUCGGUAUUUGUGGAUUCGUUGUUGAUGAACUUAACGAGCCCCACAUAAUUGACGCUAGAUACAUGAGUGUCUACCCUAGACCAAGUAUUGGCCUCUGGACAGCAAUAUACGAUGUCUUGAUUGUCAUUGCGUUCAUUCACAUCGUCGUCGCCUUAGUCGUUCUGGUGAUCCACGUCCUUGUGUUCGUACCGUCCAAAUAUCUGCCUCAGCAGAAGAAGGCCCCUGUGCAUUCUCAAGCAAGGAUAGUCUCGCAGAACCAGGGAAAUAACGUUAGCGUUUCUAUGGUGGAGGGUAGACCAUCCGCUGCAGGUCAGCCACGCAGAAUCGAUAUUGUUGAUUCACGGGACAUCAAUCUGAGACAAGUGCCUCCACGGUAUGGCGAAGAGCCACCAAGAUAUGAGGACCUUCCACCCUCACCUGAUCCUUACAACACCGGUGUUGGUUACAACCUGUCGUUCGUGCAAGCUAAAGAUGAGCGUCCACAGUACCAAGACCAUCAAAUGAGUGGCUACAAAGGUGAUCGCAAACCAUCAGAUGAUGUUCGCCGACAGCCUAACUACAGUGACAACGAACCUCAGUAUCCACAGAGCGGUGCGCAACCUUAUAGUGAACGUGAUUAUUCUCGUCGAGACCCUCCUAAUACUGCGGGGGAACCAGUUUUAACCAGCAGGGAUGCGCCGCGUUUCAGUGUUAACGCCGAACCUUACGAUAGAGAGACCCGCGGUCCUCGGCAUCCGAACGGCCGCGAACCAGUGUCCUAUGGUGCGAAACAUCCUAGUGAUGAUGAGCCAUACCCUAGUUACCAGCGGCCACAGCCCCAUGGGCAUGAGGUCGACAGUGGGGACCAUUCACCAGGGGGUCGUGGUGAGUCUGCAUCUUAUGCCAGACGUCCACAUGGUCAAUACCCAAGCCGAAACGGGAACUACGGCAAAGACCGUCUACCUUCCCAAGGUGACCACGAGCAGCGCCAGGGUGGAACGCACUACACCAACGACAGUCGGAGUCAAGGCUAUGAAUCCCGGCCUCAGCCUGGUCCCCGCCAUAACAGCAGCGGUCGUGAAGCGGAAUAUUCACAACGAAGUCCGAUGCAAAAUUACGACGACCAAGAACAUGAUUCCUACUAUGAUGAAAAUGCACCCUAUUUUGGCCGAUCGUCUGGAAUAUAAGGACUGUCCGCAAGAUGAAAUUCAUUGGCCACGCAGCACUUGAAGAGAUACUGUUUUAUCGGCGCAGUAGGUGGAUCAGUUUCUGAGUAUGGGGUAGAGGAGGCGGAUUCUUACGGGUCCGGUUCAACUUCGGCUUGUGGUUGACCGUGGUUUCAGUUGGUCUGUAGCAGCGAGGAGAGUACAACAUGGUAAUACCCCAAUUCUGAUGUAAGGGGUUAUCAAAAAUUCAGAGCUAUUGUCAAUAUUUUAUUGUACAUGUAUAUAAGUAUUAGAGUGUACCUGGUACUCAUAUUUUUAUAAUCCAUGCAGUAUUGUUAUGGUCUUAUUCUGGCAAGGUUAUCACCGUCUAAAAUCAAAUUGCAUCCUUGGUGUUGUGGAGAUUUCGUCCAAAAGAAAGCAAUACUGGUCAGACUGCAUUGAUCUCGACUCCACUGCGGUUUUCCCGGGCAGUUUCCCCUCUUGUCGGUUUUCACCAAUGGUCGUUAUUGGAGAGACUCUUGUCUAGAUUUAAAGAUUCAGUUGUUUUGUAACCCUGCCUGGACAUCUCCGGGCAUUAUUUCCUUAGGACACUAUAACCCUAUCCUAUCAUAUACAUUUGUACAUGAACCUGUGCCUGUUGCUUGGUCUGCAGUAAUGCGUAAACUAAUUCAUCUUCCGUCCGGGAUAGGUUCGCUUCUGUAGCUUCCUUUGGCGCGCUCCGUCCCGUAAUUGAAGCCAGCUCGUCCACUUGGUUGUUCACGAUUGUCUUUCCUGUUGUUUUGAUAUCUGGUGAGGUGUUCCUUGCCAAGUUUGUUGUCAUUUGUUGGUUGAAAGUCUCAUUCAUUGAUAUAUAAUAAAGUAUUCUACAAGUAGGCUAUGUAAUUCUAUGUAGAUACAUUUACUGUACCUUAUGCUUGUCAGAUAAACGAACGAUUUCUAGUGUGACGGCGAGAACACAGAUUAUGUUCCAUUCAGAGUCGGCCUACUCAUUCCGGUUCAUUAUCAUUGCUAUUGACAAAGUUUACAUGUCUGAUAUAUGUGUAGAAGUUACAUUUAUGUAUCGCAUAGACAUUUUGUAAAGUAUCCACUCUGUCAUCGACGUAUAUAUUAGUAUCUCAAUACACCUCAAUUUUAUUCACAUAUUCAUAGACUGAAUCCGUGUAACACUGUAUUUUUUCAAUAAAAAUGUAUAUACCUUUGAUUUAUGCGUCGUUUUACCUUUGAUUUCGUAUCUCAUCCGAAUAAAGAUUUCGGGAUUCUGGGGCCAACUGGGUGA